CAAAGGUGCUCCGACCAGAUCAAUAAAGUCAAUUAAUAAAAAUCGAUCGAUCGUUCGUUUUCUUUUAUCGCUUUUUUAACGUAUUUCAUAAUUUUUUUCCUCUUAAGAUAGAAUAUUUUUCGUUAUAUAAAUUUUUUUUUUCGAUUAAAUUACAUAUUGUACAUAAAUAAAUAUAUACAUAUAUAUAAAUAUAUAUUAUACACAAAAUGCCAAAAGCGCCCAAUAAACUCACUAAAAGACAUAGACAACAUAAACAUUGGAAAAUUGAGGAAGAUGAACAAUUAAUGAUUUUGGCAAUAAAAUACAAUAAAAGAAAGUGGAAAUUGGUUGCAGCGGAAAUGGGAACUCGUGACGCGAAGCAAUGUCGGGAGAGAUACUUUGGACAUCUUGAGGAAGGAAUUGAUAAGCAUCCAUUGUCAAUCGAAGAAGAUGCUCUAAUCUUAGAUAUGCGAAAAUGUAAAAAAGGUGAAAACCCAGCUGGAUGGGCUGCAAUUGCUCUCAGGAUUAAUGAGACUUUUAAUCUCAAAAGGACGGCAAAUCAAAUAAAAAACAACUAUAAUCAACGUUUGAGUAAAUUAGAGAAUGAGAAAUCACCAUUUAAAACACACGAAUUUUUCAAUGGUAUCGAGCGACCAUCUGAAAAAUUCGAAUUUACCAAAUGUUCCGAUGAACAAGAUAAACCGCACGAUUUUAAAUGUUCCGAGAAACAACUUAAAACAUUCGAAUACGACGUACUUUACAAAAUUGGCAAACUUCCAAAUUCCGAAUUUAAUAAUAAUAAUAAUAUUACCCCUCAAGUUGAAAUGAAAAUAUUAGAUUCAAAUUCCGAAUUUAAUAAUAAUAAUAUUAUUACCUCUCAAGUUGAAAUGAAAAUAGAUUCAAAUUCCGAAUUUAAUAAUAAUAAUAAUAUUACCUCUCAAGUUGAAAAAAUAUUAGAAAAUCCUAAGAAUAAUAAUUAUAAUAAUCAGCAAACCCCUAUACCUAUAGAAAAUGAAAAAAUGAGGAUACCAUUUAUCAUAAAUCUAUAA